GAUAACCUUUCGCCCUUACAGAAUCAUGAUUUUGAAACCGCCAUCAUUUGGUCUGACUGCAAAUGUUCUUCUUUUACUGCUUUUUGUCUUUUCUCCCAUGUUCACGCAACGGGUGCUGCGGUUGAACGAUUCAGAAGCCUGGACUUUUCUCUCAAAUUUCUAUUAAUAACGCCCAGCAAACCUGUCAAUGCGAUGAGAUUGCCCAAUCUGGACCAUGUCCGGGAUGCGAUGUCCAAUAAUGUUUCUCGUUGUUUAUUUUGCUUUUUCUUGAACAGUUUGUCUCGCAGCCCUGCAACGCCAACGACAAUGGCUCACCUUCCGAGGUUUCCCCUGACUGUAUCUUUAGGCUCUUUUAUUCAUUUCCAUUUCAUAAUUGUUGUACGCGUUCAAAUCUCCGUCACAAGCUCACAGCGUGUCAAUUCUGAAUUUCUGAGCCAUGCUGACUGGUGUCCCCCAUGCCACAGGGGCAGAUCUCGACCGAGAAUGAGCUGGGGGGAGGGUCUCCUUCAAAGCUGCCGUUGA